AGUCUUCUUUUAAAACAAGCACAUCGCCAAACACACCAGUACCUACCUGGUAGUUCUUCCUUAUUUUCGUACGUAGUACCAGUCAGACCACUAGCUAGGGGAUGAUGGCUUGCCAAGGAGCACCAAACGGCCGGGGGACGGACGAGGACGACAUCGGCAUGGGCGCCAGAGCCCACUUCGUGUUCGUCCCGUUGAUGUACCAGGGGCACGUGAUCCCGGCGGUGGACACGGCGCUGCUGCUGGCCACCCACGGCGCGCUCGCCAGCGUCGUGGCCACGCCGUACAACGCCGCGCGCAUCCGCCCCACGGUCGACUCCGCGCGCCAGUCCGGCCUGCCGAUCCGGCUCAUCGAGCUCCCGCUGGACUGCGCGGCCGUGGGCCUGCCAGACGAGGCAGACGACGUGGACCGCAUCCCGAUGGACCGCAUGACCAACUACUUCCGCGCCCUGGCGCUCCUCGCGGGGCCCCUGGAGCGGCACCUCCGCGCGCACCCGCCGCGCCCGACCUGCAUCGUGUCCGACUUCUGCCACGCGUGGACCGUGGGCGUCGCGGCCAGCCUCGGCGUCCCGCGGCUCAGCUUCUUCAGCAUGUGCGCCUUCUGCCUCCUCUGCCAGCACAACGUCGAGCGGUACAACGCCUACGACGGCGUGGCCGACGACAACGAGCCGGUCGUCGUUCCUGGAUUGGAGAAGAGGGUCGUGGUAACGAGGGCGCAAGCUCCUGGGUUCCUCCGGACGCCCGGGUUCGAGGAGCUGGCCGACGAGAUCGAGCGCGCGCGAGCCGAUGCCGAUGGCGUCGUCAUGAACUCCUUCCUGGAGAUGGAGCCGGAGUACGUCGCCGGCUACUCGGAGGCCAGGAAUAUGAAGGUGUGGACCAUCGGGCCGGUCUCGCUCUACCACCAGCACGAGGCGACGUUGGCGGCGAGAGGGAACACCGCCGCCGCCACCGUUGACGCGGACGACUGCCUCCGGUGGCUCCAAGGCAAGGAGGCCAACACCGUCUUGUACGUCAGCUUCGGGAGCAUCGUGCACACAGAUCCGAAGCACGUCGUGGAGCUCGGGCUCGGGCUGGAGGCGUCGGGGCACCCGUUCAUCUGGGUCCUGAAGAACGCCGACCAGUACGGCGAGGCGGUGCGCGAGUUCUUCCGUGACCUCGAGGAGCGCGUCGCCGGGCGCGGCAUGCUGAUUCGAGGGUGGGCGCCCCAGGUGCUGAUCCUGUCUCACCCGGCGGUGGGCGGCUUCGUGACGCACUGCGGGUGGAACUCGACGCUGGAGGCGAUCACGGCGGGCCUGCCGAUGGUGACAUGGCCGCACUUCUCGGACCAGUUCUUGAACGAGAAGCUGGUCGUGGAUGUGCUGGGGAUCGGCGUGAGCGUCGGGGUCAAGAAUCCGUUGGCGUGGUGGGCGGAGAAGACGGAGAUCGUGGUGGAUAGACAGGUGGUGGAGGCGGCCGUCAGGAGCAUCAUGGACGGAGGAGAAGAGGGGGAGGAGAGGAGGAGGAAGGCGCUGGCGUUGUCGGGUAAGGCGAGGGCGGCCGUGCAGGAGGGCGGGUCGUCGCUUGCAAACCUGCUGGAUUUGAUCAAGCGUUUCGAGGUGGACGCGGGAGACCGCACGACUGGAUGAGGGUCACGGAGCACCUAGGAACCGCGCGCAACGGUUUAGUUUUCUGAAAAAUUCCUUCAUGUUGGCCGAUGAGAUUUGGUGUCUAUGUUGAAGACGGUAUGCACAUUUCGAUCAGGGGGAAUGGUUUCUUGCCUCGCAGCAACAGGCUUGCUGUCUUGAGGAACCCAGCCUUUUCUGCCCAGACACACCGACUCGCUUGCUUGCUCUUUAGCAUCUAGAGCUAGAAUUUCUAAACCCGUUUUGGUAGUAUGUUUUUAAUUAGAGAACAGUCCACGCACUUAGCAGUCGGGUCUUAAUAAAACGGCAACACGUGGGAGAGAGGAAAGUAGGAUGAUGUAGCCAGUGGCUAUAAUGCAUCAAAUGAGAUUUUAUCAUUUUGAUUAAAAA